GUGGAACAAUGCCUGUGGAACUUGUCGCACGCACGGCUCCGCCGUACAAUCAUUUUACGCAAAUUGGCGAUCCCGUGCUACGGCAAUGUGCCGAGGAAGUGGCUGAAGAUCGUAUAGACAGCCAGGAGAUCAACGAUGUUGUGGAACAAAUGGUGAACGUGCUGCGACACUACGAUUGCGUAGGCGUGGCAGCACCCCAAUUAGGCCUUCCACUACGUAUGAUUGUCAUGGAGUUCCGCGAGGACAAGCGGGAGCGGUUUCCAAAAGAGAUUUAUGAACAACGUAAAAUGUCCACUUUACCGCUAACCGUUUUUAUCAAUCCAAAGAUGGAGAUAAUUAGUGAAACAAAACAUACACAUCUCGAGGGUUGCAUGAGCGUACGUGGUUACUCAGCCCAAGUAGCUCGAUACGAUCGCGUACGCAUCACCGGCAUUGGAAAGCUUGGAACACCUUCAGAACUGGAUCUGGAAGGUUGGAGCGCGCGCAUAGCACAACACGAAAUGGAUCACUUGAACGGGAUCGUUUACAUCGACCGCAUGGAUGUUUCUAGCUUUAACUGCAUAACGUGGCAGCAGAUUAAUGCCGCUGGUGGACGCGCAAAUAUACCAUUUGAUAAAUAAAA